UUUUCUUUUAGGCCACAUGAUACUCCAUUUGAAGAUGGUACUUUUAAGUUAACUUUAGAAUUUACAGAAGAAUAUCCUAAUAAACCAGCAACUGUUAGAUUUGUUUCAAAAAUGUUUCAUCCAAAUGUUUAUGCAGAUGGGAGUAUCUGUCUAGAUAUAUUACAAAAUCGUUGGAGUCCAACUUACGACGUUUCUGCAAUAUUAACAUCAAUACAGUCAUUACUUGAUGAACCCAAUCCAAAUAGUCCUGCAAACAGUCUAGCAGCCCAGCUCUAUCAAGAAAACAGACGAGAAUAUGAAAAGAGAGUAGCUGCUAUUGUAGAACAGAGCUGGUUAAAUUUUGGAGAUGAUGAUGAUAAAGAAGAAAAACAAUCUUAGAAAAUAAUAAUUGUGUAAUGAAUGAAUGUAAAGAAUCUCCUUCCUGUUU